GCCAUCCACACCAAGUGCCAGCUAGUGCAGUGCCAGUCCCCCUCAUCCCCAAGCAACAAUGGCGCUCUCCUGCAAGAUGAUGCUCCUCGUGGCCUGCUGCGCGCUGCUGGCGGCCAGCGCCAUGGCCGGGCCCCAGCUGGGGCUCGGCGGCUACCACCACGGCGGCACCUACUCCUACUCCAGCCUCCACGACGACCCCCACGGCCUGGUGCACGGCAAGUACUCGUACAAGUACGGCGUGCACGACCCCCACACCGGCGACGUGAAGAGCGCCUCCGAGUCCGGCCACGGCGGCGUGGUGAAGGGCGAGUACUCCCUGGUGCAGCCCGACGGCUCGACGCGCACCGUCCACUACACUGCCGACAAGCACAGCGGCUUCAACGCCGUCGUGCACAACACCAAGCCCCACCACCACUACUGAGCGCCCUGCCCUCGGCCCUGCCCGACCCACAGGACCGAAAAACGAAAACGGCGAGCCCCCGGCAGGAGUCGAACCCGAGCCUCUGCCGCGAUGACCGAGUCGAGAUGGACACUCACGAGGAAGAACGCACGCAGCGACGAAGUAGUCAUUCUAUGUAAACUUGCAACUUGUCCGAGAACUGGUUCUGUCUGUGAUAUUAAAACAACGUCAAAUUUGCGAGGAGUGCAAUAAAUUUGUUGAAAUCG